UGAGGGAUUGGAUUCCACAUUUCACAUCUUUUUAUUAAUACAAAAAAUAUGUAACUUUGUUUAUGUAACGGUUCACAAUUUUCUGAAAGAAAAUGCAUUAACAAAGGUGAAAGUUGUCAAUCCAAAAAUAAUGUUUGUUUUCAUAUUUGAGCUGAAGACAGCUCAAAUCCAAUGGUACACUUGAGUUGAAAACUUCUCUAUUUAAACAUUCUUCUUGUUAGAUGCAUAUAUACUUGCCCUGAUCAAAUAAUGAGUGAUAAAUUAAAAGCCAAAAGAAACAAAAACAGUGUUACCAGAAAUAACACUAACGGUACUUGCUUAAAUUAUCAUAAGUUACUUAGCUCAACUUCAAUGCAUACUGGUGGAAAAAAACUUGCUUGCAGUGAUUGCAAACGAGAGUUUUUAGUGUCUACAAAAACAACUAUGUACCGUUGCAACAAAUGCGAAGGUGUUAGUAAAUCAAUUUCAGGUUAUAAACAAUUCAGAGAAAAUAGUUUAAGAGCCAAAUUCUUCAACCAAGAUCGACAACAAAAUGCUAGUAAAAAUGCAUCAAGCCAUUCCUCUUUGUUGUUGUCUACAACUACAAUCGGUAACAAACGCGCGGUUCUAUGUGGAGUUACUUACAGAAGAAGACGGUACAUGCUCAAGGGAACCGUUAAUGAUGUUGUUAACAUGAAAAAACUACUGACUAAUAAUUUUGCAUUCCCAAUAGAAUCCAUACGCGUCCUCACAGAAGAACAGAAAGAUCUAAAUUUCCUACCAACUAAGAGGAAUAUAAUGGAAUCCUUAAAGUGGCUGGUGAAGGACUGCAAGUUCGGAGACUCAUUAGUGUUCUACUUCUCCGGACAUGGUACGCAACAACCGGCAAUAGACAAAGAUGAUGAACUUGACGGGUUUGAUGAAACUAUUUGCCCUGUUGAUUUCAUUAGAGAAGGAAUGAUCACUGACGACGAAAUCAAUUCUACCAUUGUUCGGCCACUCAAGGAAGGUGUCAAACUUCAUGCUAUUAUUGAUGCUUGUCAUAGUGGAACAACUCUUGAUCUCAUGUAUGUUUAUAAGAAACACAAUGAUAAUUGGAAAUGGAUGAAUAACAUUCCCCCUAGCAUAGACCCUGUCACUAAACGUACAAAUGGUGGAGUGGCCAUUUGCUUCAGUGCUUGUGAAGAUUGUCAGAUGGCUGCCGAUACUGCAGCUUUUGGAGGAAAAGAGAUGAACGGUGUUAUGACCUAUCUUUUAACAAAAAUAAUCCGAGAACAUUCUGGAAUUACAUAUGUCGGUUUGCUAGAAAAAUUGCAAGAGGAAAUUGGAAUGGUUCACCGAAGCAAACACUUCAAUGGGAUCUUGAAACGUAUUUUUCACCGUAGAAUUGAGCAAAAUCCUCUUUUAUCAUCAUCGGAGAAAUUUGACGUUAAUACGAAAAUAUCAUUUUGAGCAUGCACAUCAGAACAAAACAAAGGCCUAAAUUGACAUAUGGCGACUUGCUCAAUGCAAUUUACUCUGCAACCGAUCGAGCUAAAGCAGGAAAGCUUGAAAUGAAAAGCCAAAAGCUUUCUAGGGACACUUCGGAGCACCAUCGGACUAUAUAUUACAUCAGUUAUACAAAGUUCUUCUAAAUAUAAUUUUAUUAACACAGACACUGUUUAUAUAUAUAUAUACACCAUACCUUACAUGAAGUUUGAUAUCCAUUCAAAGUUUGGUCUGUUCUGAGAUCCUUACUAUAUUUUAAUUGUAUUGUAUUGUCUCAUUUGUGCUGUCUAAACACUAGCAGUUCCAAGCAUUGAUGCAGAUUAAGUCAUUUUGGACAAUAAACUCCUCAUAUAGAUGCUUGUACCCCUGGUUAUAUAUAUAGAUAUCUCAGUCACAUUGUUGAGAUUUGUGUUUUA